GCCCCUCCGGACUUGUGCUCGGGGGCGUCCUUCAAAAGUAGUUGACGGGCCCAGGGGCUGACUUCCUUUGUCCUCUGGACAGUUAAGCUUGGUGGACGGUCAGGUUUCCCCAUGCUGCCCCGCAGACAAAGGCUAGAGCGGUCACAUUUUGAGAGGGUGCUAGGACGACUGGGAUACGCCUGGUUGAACGCUGGGCCGCAUAGAUGCUGGAGCCCCAGGUUGAGCUGGGGGUUCAACUCUUCCUAACCUCAGAUUAGAAGUGAGCGUAGGGGUACUCAAAACCUAGGCUGACAACCCCAAGGUCUGCUAAUGCGAGUUGUACUAACCCUGAGCUUACAUUGUAGACAAACUCUGACGCCGUUGUCUUCUACCCACCCCCUCAAAAAACACAUUCAGGAGAAAGACAUAGUAUUGUUAGCUAUGUCUUUUUUUCCUGAUUUUCCUCCUGCUUUCCCCCUCCCUUUGCUUUAGGGAGAAUGUAAGGACUGUGGGGGCGAUGGUGGAGGAAAGGCUAAUUUCUGAAUUUAUAAUAUGCCAGUAGCCUAUCUAUAUUGACAGCUGGAUGUGUGUGCAUUUCCCACAGCCACCUAGGGAGAUGGGAUUUUUCCAGUGAUGAGCUGCCAAAAUCUUAACAACAAGGGGGUUGUUGCCCACCCCCGGCCCCUAGGACCCCUGUCCCAUCCACCUCCCUCCUCUGUCCCCUGACUGCCCCCAGAACUGGGCAGGAGGGUCUCAUGGGCCACCGUAGUGGGUGCCCACCCCACCCCUAAGAGCCAGAGGUACCUGCCAGGGGGUGAGGUGGGGAGUCCCGGCGGUGCUUACCUGGGGCAGCUCCCAGGAAGCAUCUGGCAGGUCCCUCUGGCUCAUAGGGGUGGGAGAACGUAGCUAGGGGGGGAGCAGGGGGAGCAGUCGCUCCCCCACUGAUCACAUCAAAAGUGGCACCUUAGGCACUGACUCCCUGGGUGCACUGGGGCUGAAGCACCCACGGGGAAAAUUGGUGGGUGCAGAGCAUCCACUGGCAGCUCCCCACCCUGUGCCCGGCCCCAGCUCACCUCACCUCCGCUCCACCUCCUCCCUUCAGCUGAUUCGCUGCACCCACCAAAUUUUCCCCUUGGGUGCUCCAGCCCCGGUGCACCCAGGCUGGAACACCCAUGGAGUCGGUGCUUAAGGUGCCACUUUUGACCGGUUAAAUUUAGAAGCCCUUUUAGAACCAGUUGUCCCUCGCAGAACAGCCAGUUCUAAAAGGGCUUCUAAAUUUAACAACUGGUUCUAACAAACCGAUGCGAACCGGCUCCAGCUCACCACUGGAUAUUUCUCUGUGAAAGUACCAAUAUGCACUGGUGAAAACCCAAUGGGCAUAUACACAAAGGUCUUGACAUCUUGGACCAAGGUGCAUAGCAUGUCACAAUAUAAUCAAAAAAUGAAAACAAACAAAUGGGAAGAUGAAACUACUAUGUUACUUGUUGUGACACUGUUGAACCUUUAUGCCAGGGAACAGAGGCUGAAGGGAUAGAUUUCCCCCAGCUUUUCAUAUUCCUUGCCAGCACUUGAUCAUUGCAAGAAUGGCACAAAGGGAGACAGGAUACUUCUCUAGGUGCAAGUGAAGCAGCUCAGGUUAAAUUCCAAACUGGGAAAAUAAAGCUAAAAGCAAUUUAGCUAGAUAGAGAAUUGCAGUGCAAGGUAGAUAUCAAGAAAUAACUUUGUACUUCUGCAGUGCCUUUCAUCUAGGGAUCUCAAAGUGCUUUACAAACACCACUUUAAUUUCAAAGCAUCCCUAUCUUUUAUAUUUCCCUAUUUUUAGAGGUUGGGAAGGUAAAUGUACCUUCUCAGCAGAGAUCCAUCAAGCUUGUGUUGAUCUCUGAAUUUCUAUUUUGAAGUUAAAACUAGGAGAAGGGUAAAAAGUUAUUUUCUUAUCAACUGGAAGUGACAGUUUCAGCUGAUGCAUCAGAAUGGGACUUCAGAAGGUCUGAGGGUUAUUAAGUUUCACUGCUUUUGUUACCAUAAAUGGUCAUCAUUGGUCUUGUGGAACUGACCAUCAUAUGCUGCUUAAUCUGUCUGGCACUCAGUGUCUCCUCUGUACUACUCUUCAAAAACAAAAAAACCCACUUUCCUCAUUUGCCUAAAUUACAAAUCUUUAGUGCUGCAAAUUUUAGUUUGCAGAAGCGUGACACUGAAUUUACCAAUGGGGGACGUGUGCAGUCCAGGAAUCAGUUAGUGAAGCAGUAUGAUAUGGCUUAGUGCAUGCAGAUUUUCACUUGGAUUUUGGAAAAAUCACAGGCUGUGUCUGAGAGAUUUGGCAGUUCAGCAUCCGGAACGCUGCUGUGGACCACAAGAGUGCAUUGUGGGUCGUUAACCAAGUUGGCUUAUUAUUCAACUGUGCAGCAUAAAGUAGCAAGAGUGAGAUCUUUUGAUCAUUCUGGAAAGGACAUAGAACAUGAAUCUCCAUAUGAAAUUACAGUUCAAGAGGAAAUCACGGCUCGACUGCACUUCAUUAAAUUUGAGAACACUUACAUUGAAACCUGCUUAGAUUUCAUUAAAGACCAUCUUGUCAACACAGAAACUAAAGUGCUCAAAGCCACAGGGGGUGGUGCCUACAAAUUCAAAGACCUCAUUGAGAAGAAACUAGGACUGAAGGUGGAUAAAGAAGAUGUAAUGACUUGCCUAAUUAAAGGGUGUAACUUUGUGUUAAAAAAUAUACCCCAUGAGGUGUUUGCAUACCAGAAAGAUUCAGAUACGGAAUUCCGAUUUCAGACAAAUCAUCCAAAUAUUUUCCCUUAUUUGCUAGUCAAUAUUGGCUCUGGGGUUUCUAUAGUGAAGGUGGAAACAGAGGACAAAUUUGAAUGGAUUGGAGGGAGUUCAAUCGGAGGGGGAACCUUCUGGGGUCUAGGAGCUUUACUCACAAAAACAAAGAAAUUUGAUGAAUUGCUGCAGCUUGCUUCAAAGGGACAGCAUACAAAUGUCGACAUGCUGGUGAAAGAUGUGUAUGGUGGGGCCUACCAGACACUGGGGUUAAGUGGAAAUCUAAUAGCCAGCAGCUUUGGGAAAUCUGCCACAGCAGAUAAAGAAUUUUCUAAAGAUGAUAUGGCAAAGAGUUUACUGCACAUGAUCAGUAAUGACAUUGGACAGCUUGCCUGCCUCUAUGCUAAACUCCAUAACCUACACAAAAUUUACUUCGGAGGAUUCUUCAUUCGGGGUCACCCAGUCACUAUGCGCACAAUCACCUACAGUAUUAACUUCUUCUCCAAGGGAGAGGUUCAGGCAUUGUUCCUGAGACAUGAAGGCUACCUGGGAGCCAUUGGGGCAUUUUUAAAAGGAGCUGAACAAGACAAUCCCAACCAGUACAGUUGGGGAGAGAAUUAUGCUGGGAGUUCUGGCCUUAUGAGCACUUCACCCGAUCUCUGCCCCAUGCAACGUGCAAGGAGUGGAACGUUUGACAUGUUCGAAAUGGAUCGGUUGGAGCGACCGCUUGUUAACCUACCCUUGCUAAAGGACCCAUCCACAUACAUCCCUGACACUGUUGACCUCACUGAUGAUGCCAUGGCCAGGAAAUACUGGCUCACUUGCUUUGAGGAGGCUUUGGAUGGGGUAGUGAAUCGUGCUAUGAUCAGUCAGCCAGACUCUAUGGAUGCAGCUGAGCGAGCUGAAAAGUUCCGACAGAAGUAUUGGAAUAAGCUUCAGACACUCAGACAGCAGCCUUUUGCCUACGGCACCUUAACAGUUAGAAGUUUGUUGGAUACGCGGGAACAUUGUCUAAAUGAAUUCAACUUUCCAGAUCCCUAUUCAAAGGUAAAGCAGAAAGAAAAUGGCAUAGCGUUAAAAUGUUUUCCAAGCGUAAUCGAAUCUUUGGAUUCAUUAGGCUGGGAGGAGAGGCAGUUUGCUCUGGUGAAAGGACUUCUUGCGGGGAAUGUCUUUGACUGGGGAGCAAAAGCAGUCUCAGACGUUUUGGAAUCUGAGCCACAAUUUGGAUUUGAAGAAGCCAAGGAAAAAUUGCAAGAGCGCCCGUGGCUAGAAGAUUCCUACAGUGAGUGGAUACAACGACUAAAGGAAGGUCCCCCUCAUAAAUGUGCCUUAAUUUUCGCAGAUAACAGUGGAAUAGACAUCAUUUUAGGAGUCUUCCCCUUUGUCAGAGAGCUACUCUCUAGAGGUACAGAGGUUAUAUUGGCUUGUAACUCUGGCCCUGCACUAAACGAUGUUACCUACAGUGAAUCCUUGAUUGUCGCUGAGCGGAUAGCAGCAAUGGAUCCCAUUAUACAAUCUGCACUGACGGAAGAGAGGUUGCUGUUGGUACAAACAGGCUCCAGUUCCCCAUGUUUAGAUCUGAGCCGGCUGGACAAAGGCCUGGCCCUGCUGGUCAGGGAGCGGAGGACUGACUUGGUUAUAAUUGAAGGGAUGGGCCGCGCUAUCCAUACGAAUUACUAUGCAGCUCUGCAGUGUGAGAGCCUCAAACUUGCAGUCAUCAAAAACUCAUGGUUGGCUGAUCGGCUGGGCGGAAAAAUCUUCAGUGUCAUCUUUAAGUAUGAAGUGCCACGCAAGUGACUGGGGUGGAGGCCUGAAGUGUGGCAGCAAUGGACUUGCACUAGUUUUACUUUAAUUGUAAAGAAUGUAUUUUUAUUACGACAGGGAAAAUGAAUUCACAUGAAAUUCCAUAUUUAUACUGUGCUUUGUGACUUAAAGCAACAAUAUUCAUUAUAUAAAAAAUACACCCAAAAUAUAUAUGUAUAUCACUCACUGUUUAUUUUGGUAAGUGUUUAUUUUAAUGCUGCAGUAUUUGUGAUGGAAAGACUUUAUUUUUUUGUUCUGUGAGACAUUCAUAUAGAAAUAUAUUUAAAUGUCAAUGAACUCUUUUUAUAUAUCUCUGCUUACUAUGCCAGCAGUGACUUGGCACAUACCAAAUAGAGUUUUUAAAGUGCUGAAAGCGUUUGACUUUG